GACAAGGCCAGCAAUAGGAGUGGAGUUAGUCGACGAAUAGUUCGGGAAAACACUGAGUCAUGGAUUGAAAAAGGAGAUAUGGCAUGGCUGUACAGAAUCUGGUCGAGCAUAUGGUCGUCGCAGAACAACAACAUCAUCUGUCGAACCCUAUGUUGCUCUACGAGUUGGUGGAUAGAUUGCCACCGAACUUCAAGCUUGAGUGGGCAAACUACAAGCGAACAAGGAUAGACGUGAACCUGGCCACUUUCACCGAGUUUAUGGCCGACUUGGUAGCAAUGGCAAGCGAUGUGACGAUGCAUGUUGAUCCAGUGCAUGCAGCGUGUGCCAGGCAGGAGAAGAACACGCGUGAAAAACAUCAGAAGGAGAAAAUAUUUAUUCACCAUACGGGAUCGAGUGCGAACCAGGUUAGCAAAGGACAGGAAACUUCCCCUAAGGAUUCGGCGGAAUCGUCACCAGUGAAAACCUGCACCUACUGUAGUCAAGCUGGACAUCGUAUUAUGGAUUGUUAUUCUUUCAAACGAUUGGACGUUGAGGGUCGAUGGAAAGCAGUCCGAGAGAAAGGUUUGUGUCGCAUUUGCUUGGUGCCUCACAAAUCAUGGCCGUGUCGUUCCAAAAGGGAAUGCGUAUACGAGAACUGCCGAUUACGUCACAACUCACUGUUGCAUUGUGCAGCUCCAAGCAACAAUCAGCCCAGUUCGUCCAAAGCUCAAGUGAAUUCGAGUAAUAUUGCUCAUCAGAACCACCAUUUUCUGAAAGCUUGCUCUCUUUUACGUUACCUACCGAUUACACUCUACGCAAACGGUAAUGAGGUAAACGUGUUCGCCUUUCUGGACGACGGGUCAACGUCGACGAUCAUGGACGCUGAGAUAGCUGAACGGCUUGGAGUAGAAGGCCCAGAAGCACCACUGCAUCUCUGCUGGACAGGUGACGUGUCGAGGGUCGAAGAAAAGUCACAACGGAUCCAGCUGAUAGUUUCUGGAACAACUAAGAACCAACGAUACUCUUUGUCAAACGUACGAACGGUCAAACACCUCAAGCUACCGAGCCAGACAUUGAACUACGAGGACAUCUGCAAUGUACAUCCGUACCUCAAGCAUUUGCCCAUAACAAGUUACUCCGAUGUCAGACCAAGGCUCAUCAUUGGGGUCGAUAACGUGAAACUGAUCAGCGCGUUAAAGAUAAGAGAAGGAGGUAAUGGAGGUCUCAUAGCCGCUAAAACCAGGCUUGGUUGGAGCAUCUACGGCCGGCAUUCGGAACCUGAAGGUAGGGAACAGCUGCAUUUUCACACGGUCCAGGAGAAACAAGUUCCUGACAACGCAAUGCUGUAUGACCUGAUGAAGCAAUUUUUCAACAUCGAAGAGUCGUGUAUCACAUUGAAACCGGAAUCCGAGGAUAACAAGAGAGCUAAUCAAAUUCUCGAGAAUACAACUAUUCGCGUUCCAACUGGUUUCGAAGUCGGCCUUCUGUGGAAGGAGGAUGAACAUAACCUUCCCGAUACUUAUCCACUUGCACUCCGUCGUUUAAAAUGCUUAGAAAAGCGUUUGCUGCGGAACCCAGACCUCUACGUCAAGGUUAAGGAAUUGGUUCAAAGUUACAUAUCCAAAGGCUACGCACAUCGCGCAUCGAAGACUGAGUUGGAUUCCGUGCACCAGCGACAUACCUGGUAUCUGCCACUUGGGGUGGUCCAAAAUCCCAAAAAACCGAACAAGGUUCGUUUGAUUUGGGAUGCAGCUGCAACCGUGGAGGGUUUGUGCUUCAACGAUCUUUUGUUGAAAGGCCCAGAUUUGCUGGUUUCGCUCAUCGCCGUGCUGAUAAGGUUCCGCGAGAGAAAUAUAGCGAUUGGUGGAGAUCUGCGAGAAAUGUUUCACCAGAUCAUUAUUCGUGCAGCAGAUAGACAGUUCUUGCGUUUUUUGUGGAGAGAUAACCCGGAGGAUCCACCGCAAGUGUACGUCAUGGAUGUAGCCAUUUUCGGGGCAUCCUGCUCUCCGUGUAUAGCGCAGUUCGUAAAGAACAGAAAUGCGGAGGAGUUCUCUGAGGAGUUUCCACGAGCAGCGAAGGCAAUCACCAACAACCACUAUGUCGAUGACUACCUUGACAGCGUGGACACAGUGGACGAGGCGAUUGAGCUGAUGAAGCAGGUGAAGUAUAUCCACGCCAGCGGUGGAUUUGAGAUCUGUCAGUUUGUAUCGAAUUCCAGGGAAGUUUUACAUAAUCUUGGAGUACUGCAGGAGGUUUCUAACAAGAAUCUGAAUCUGGAUUCGGAGUCGGAACGAGUUCUAGGAAUGUUCUGGAUUCCCGGUAGUGAUAUAUUCACGUUCACGUCUCCAUCAAACUCUGAGCUGUCGUCUCUGGAUAGCCGUCUGUCAAUUCCGACAAAAAGGCAAGUACUUCGAAUCAUAAUGAGUAUUUUUGAUCCGUUAGGGUUGAUAGCUCACUUCAUAAUACACGGCAAAGUUUUGAUGCAACAUAUUUGGCGAGCUGGGACAAACUGGGAUGAACUGAUCCCUGAGCAUUUGCAACACACUUGGAGAGCAUGGCAGGAGUACCUUACACAUCUGGGUGAAAUCCAGAUUCCACGAUGUCUUCUGGGUUGUACUCGUUCGGAUCAAUCAAGGGUAUCGGAGUUACAUGCAUUUGUGGAUGCGAGUCGACAGGCUUAUGCAGGGGCCAUCUAUCUGCGAACAGUAGGUGAAUGUGGAGUUGAGUGUUCCCUCAUCAUCGCCAAAAGCAAAGUUGCCCCUUUGAAACCCGUAUCUAUACCUAGACUGGAAUUGCAGGCGGCGUUGAUUGGAGCCCGCUUGAUGGAAAAUGUUUGCCAGCAUCUAACGCUUCCAACUACCCGGAGGGUAUUCUGGUCGGAUUCGUCGACAGUGCUUUCCUGGUUAAAUUCGGAUGCCGUCCGUUAUCAUCAAUACGUGGCAUUUCGUAUUGGAGAAAUUCUCUCCACCUCCAAAGUUGACGAGUGGAGGUAUGUGCCAUCAGGGCAGAAUGUAGCAGACGACGCCACGAAAUGGAAAGCUGGUCCAGAUUUCAGCAAGGAAAGUCUCUGGUUCAACGGACCCAAGUUCCUUCGCUUACCAGAAACUGAAUGGCCGGUUCACCGAAAGCCUCAAGACACUGCGGAAGAACAAGUGCGACAGUUGUUUCACCAUCAGGAAGUAGUGCAUGACCCUGUUGUCGAUGUGAGCCGCUUCUCCAAUUGGCUUCGCUUGCACAGGACAGUUGCGUACGUAUGUAAAGCUGCCAGACUGUUUAAGGAACGAGCUGGGAACUAUAAAAUCCGAAGAGAGCUGUCUUCGGAAGAGUUUGCUGAAGCGGAAAACUUAUUGUGGCGGCAAGCGCAGGAGGAAGCGUUUUCACUGGAAUAUCUGCUACUGAAGACAAAAGGAGAUGGAGAGAACGAACCGAUGGUGGAAAAAUCGAGUCCACUUUAUAAACUGUCGCCGUUCAUGGAUCAAUUGGGAGUCAUUAGAAUGGGCAGUCGUAUUGGGGCUGCUCCAUUCGCCCCAUACGAAGCUAAGUACCCCAUUAUCUUGCCGAAAAAGCAUCCGAUAACCUUCCUUCUUACUGACAGCUACCAUCAACGUCUGCUUCACGCCAACAACGAGACGGUCUUCAAUGACAUGAGGCAAAGGUUCUACAUUCCUGCUUUGCGACGGCUGGUGAGAAAAGUAGCUGCCGAAUGUCAGCGGUGCAAGAACUCCAAAGCGAUUCCUCGGAUCCCUCGGAUGGCACCGUUACCAAGAGCUCGGCUGACUCCGUUCGUGAAGCCGUUUUCGUACGUUGGUAUUGACUAUUUCGGGCCGAUGUUGGUCAAAGUGGGAAGAAGCCAAGUCAAGCGCUGGGUGGCUUUAUUCACCUGCUUGACCAUCAGGGCGGUGCAUAUGGAAGUGGUCCACACUCUAUCGGCGCAAUCGUGCAUAAUGGCAUUUCGGCGGUUCGUGGCACGACGUGGGGCGCCUCUAGAAGUAUACAGCGAUAACGGUACCUGUUUCGUUGGAGCGAAUCGACAACUAAAGAUGGAAAUGAAGAAGAUCAAUGAAAACUGCGCUUCGACAUUCACCAACGCGCGCACAAAAUGGAUUUUCAAUCCACCUGCAGCACCACACAUGGGUGGCCUAUGGGAACGGAUGGUACGAUCCGUAAAAACAGCCAUGUUUGCCAUUGGGAACGGACUGCGACAACCGAACGAGGAGACUUUCGAAACCAUUGUUCUAGAAGCCGAAUCAGUCGUCAACUCACGUCCUCUAACCUACAUCGCUCUCGAUUCGGCGGAUCAAGAAGCACUUACGCCGAAUCACUUCCUGUUGUAUGGGACACAGGGAGUAAAUCAACCAGCAGUGCAGCCAAUAGACCAUCGUAGCGCGCUCAGAGAUAGUUGGAAGCUAGCUCAAUGGAAGAUCGACGAAUUCUGGCGCCGAUGGACUCGUGAGUACUUACCGGUGGUGGCGAGACGGUCCAAAUGGUUCGAGCCGGUGAAGCCACUCCAGGUAGGCGACAUUGUGAUCGUGGUUGAUGAUACGGCGAGGAAUCACUGGAUUAGAGGGAGGAUCACGGAGGUUUGCGUUGCUCAAGAUGGACAAGUCAGGAAGGCUAGGAUUCUAACAGCGAAAGGGAUCAUCUUGCGACCAUCAGCGAAGAUUGCUGUCUUGGACGUCUUCGGUAGUCCCGGACCACACGGGUCGGGGAAUGUUGCGACAACCACUGGGUCGUCACCGGGCGAUUGUGCGACCGGGCGCUCCCUCGACUUGGUCGAGUGA